CCUGUGCUUCGUCUUCCGCUUUCGCAAGUUUAUUGAGAUGAGAUUUCUUUUCCUUACCGACCACUCGACUGUUCGAGCUACCAGAUAACGGGCCGAGUUGAGAGGAGCCCUGGGACCGGAGAACUCCACUCUCAGGGGUGUCGUUCACAUGGCCGAUUUGUUGCUGCCCGUCAUCGUGGUUCUUACGACGACGAAAUCCUUUCUGGCGGUAGAUGCCGUGUUUUUCAAUCGGCGAGGUUCGAGCAAUCUUGCUCGCGGUGCUCGUAGCAUUUUCUCACACGCGGCGUCCGAGCCAUCGACAAGGUCUACCCCAGUUGCCUCACGGCAAUAUAGGCCGCCUUAG